AUGGAUCCUCAGAUGCUAACCCGCAUGAUGGCCCAAAUGGGAAUCACUCCAGAAGAGCUUGCCGGCUUUAUGUCUCAGUUCGACCCUAGCGCCACGGCAGCGAGGGAUAGUCUGGACGAUAGUCCGUACGAUCAUCCUCCCCAGCUGUCGUUCGCUGCGACUCCUGAGACUAUCAAGAAAUACAAGGCGUGGUACGAAAGAGACAGCAAGAAAUCGCCGACGGCAGCACCAACUGUACCGCCACGUUUACUGGUGCAGGCUCAGGAGCAACAACGUGAAGAACAGGAGAGAGAGGCCCUCGCCGCGGAAAACGGCAUAUCGACACGUAUGACCGUGAUUGGCUUCCCGAAACAUUCGUGCAAGGUCCAGCUCGGGGCAUUGAAACCCAUUACUCGCUCGACGAUGCUUGUGCGCAAGACACACACCGGAUCCUAUUUCUUGUGUCGCUCAAUCGCGCCAUGCACGAAGUCUAUUUCUAUACAGACCAUUGUGGAGGACGUCAACGGAGCUGCGCAAGUCCUAUCGAUAUACAACUUCCCCACAACAUAUGAAGCUUCGCUCGCCUACAUCGAUUUCCUCUUCCCUGUGGGAAUCGCGAUGGCUAUACUCGAGCCAACCUUCAAAGUUGUGACACAAGGCGGGAAUCCUCAUAUCCGUGUAGACUCCCCUACCGACAUCGUGUUUCUCGAUCCGCGGAGCGAUGUACUACGUGACGUACAUUGGAAGACGGGUUCGCAAGUAUCCCGGUUCAACGCUUGGCCCUCGGAUUCCGACCACUGGAAGGCACGCGGCAAUAACUACUUUGCAGCUGGUCAUUGGCUACCUGCCGCAUUUGCCUAUUCUCGUGGGCUACAGUGUGACCCGGAUUCCCUUGCACUCCGUUCGAAUCGCUCCGAAGCCUAUCUUCGACUCAACUUCUACUCAGCCGCUUCAGCGGACGCUCGGUAUGUCCGUUGUGCCGCGGGAGCGGAGCUGCUGCUUCGCCAAAAAGCUUUGUUCAGAGAGGCCAAGGCCGAGUAUGGGAGAGGCAGGUAUCAGAAGGCAAAGUCAUUGCUUGAACAGCUGCAUUCGUCGCAUGCCGAUGAUAGUGACAUCGUGAAGUGGAUUGCUCGCUGCACGCAGCGACUUCACGAGUCCCUUACUGGCGUCUACGACUGGACGUUGCUGUACAAGCAGUCGCAGACCGAUCCUCAUUUGGAUGUUGCGGAGUACACGGGGCCUAUUGAGGUGAGACCAAUGUCCAACCGUGGAGGAGGACGAGGCAUUGCAGCAACGAGGGUCAUCGACGUGGGCGAAUUACUGGUCGUCGCCAAACCCCUCUCACUUGCAACCGAUGCCGAGCUGCAAUCCCUCGUCCUCCAGAUGACCGUGAACUUGCUAACUUCAAAGAUGGACAAACGGUCGCAAAGCGCCAACGUCGCGUAUGCUGCUCAAGCGAUCUAUGGCAACCCAGAUCUGCAUGAUCAUGCUUUCCAUCUAUAUGCAGGCCCCGACUAUCCGCCUCCACCCUCCAGUUUCCCGCCUCCACCGGUCGACGAGCCUACUGAACUCGAUCCUUUGAAACCAAGACAUCGCAUUGAUCUGGCUCAACUGGAGUCGAUCUGUACCCACAAUGCUUUUGGAGUAAUGCCUCUUCGACCCGAGGACAGGCGGAAGCCGGACGACCUAGACAAGCUCGAUUCGUCAACCGGCCUCUACCCGUUACCCUCUCUGUUCAACCAUUCCUGUGCACCUAACUCGCAUAUUGUCUUUAUCGGCGACAUCAUGAUGAUGAGGGCGUCGCGUACGAUUCAUCGAGACGAGGAAGUCACGUCGGCGUACAUGACACCAACCACGUCGUACUUCGAGCGUCGUAGAACGCUUCAAGAGGGCUGGCUCAUGUCAGAUAUAUGUGACUGCCGCCAAUGUCAGUAUGACCGCGCGGACGGAGAAGCCAAUCUUCGCCAUAGAGGUAGAAUCGCCGAGGGGUUCUCUGUGGACCUCUUCAGCAAACCGCUCGCCAAAUUGCGCUCUUUACAGAAAAAGCUCUCCGCCACCUACGUCGCGGCAAGGGGGCCAUCACACCCAAGCCCCGCGCUCUAUCCACUACACCACGCCAUCGCAGAAACCCUACGGUCAUCUCAUACCACAGCAGGCAUGAAAGACGCGAUCAAGGAGGACAUGAAGGCCCUGGAGUAUCGAGGCUGGAGCGUCACAGACGAUGACAUAGGACGCCGUUCAAAGAAGGCUCGUACUCUGACCCGGAGAGGGGAGGAAUUGGCCGUCGAUACUAGUUUCCUUGGAGAUCCGGCCGAGCCACUGCAAGCGAUCCCACCGAUGCUCAGAGUUGCACAGACAUAUUUCCUCUGUGAUGAUAUGAUGAAUGCGACCCGAUGGAUCAAGACGGCACAAUGGGUGCUCAAUACCUCCGUAGGGGGCGGAAAGGAACUUUUCAUGAUGAUUGAGCGUCCUCUUCUGAAACAGUUCGACCUGCUGGACGUUGCAACCCGAGUCCUGUGA